AUGUGGCACAAAUCUCUGCUAACUGCAGCUUCGGCGCUGCUGUUGCUUUCCGAGGGCACGACGGCAUUGAAGUUUCCUGGGUACAAGCCGUCGGUCAAGAGAUCGACUGCACCUCUUGAAAAACGACAGUAUUUCCCUGCCAACGCUACAGAUGUGAAGACAAUCACGACCCCUACUGGUGUUCAGAUCCGCUACAAGGAGCCUGGGAAAGAUGGCGUUUGCGAAACGACUCCUGGUGUCAAUAGCUACAGUGGAUACAUUGACCUCGCGCCUGACGUCCAUACCUUUUUCUGGUUCUUCGAGAGCCGGCAAAAUCCAGCAUCUGACCCUCUGACGAUAUGGCUGAACGGAGGACCCGGCUCAGACUCUUUGAUCGGACUUUUCCAAGAGCUAGGGCCCUGUAGGAUCAAUGAGGAUCUGACUAGCGUGAUCAAUCCAUACUCUUUCAAUAAUGUCUCGAAUAUGCUGUUUAUCUCCCAGCCGGUUGGCACGGGAUUCAGCUACCAAGGUGAAGCCGAAGGCAGUAUCGGUCCUGACUCCGGAGCCUUUUUGAACGCUUCUCAGGCCAACGCCACAGGAGUAUACCCCACGCUCUAUCCGUUCGACGAAGGCACGAUCAAGACCACGGAUAUGGCUGCCAUUGCUGCGUGGCAUGUGCUGCAAGGAUUCAUGUCUGGCCUGGAUUGCCUCGAUGCCAAGCUUGGUGUCCCCAAAGAUUUCAACUUAUGGACCGAAAGCUAUGGCGGUCACUACGGCCCGGCCUUCUUCAACUACUUCCAGCAGCAGAACAAGCUUAUCGAGAACGGUACGAUCCCGGGAUAUGGACUGAACUUCAACAGCCUCGGUAUUGGGAAUGGUAUUAUCGACGAAAAAGUCCAGGCCGGCUGGUACCCGGAGUUCGCGGUCAACAACACUUACGGCAUCAAAGCAUACAACGACACAGUUUACUCCUACGCCAAAUUCGCCAAUGAGAUGAAGAAUGGUUGCCUUGACCAGAUCGCCCUGUGCAGAAAUGCCGCGUCCGACUUUCCAGGCGGCCUCGUAGGCGACACAAUUACUCAGGCCGCUGUCGACAAUCCUGAUCUAGAUGCCAUCUGCUCAGAGGCACAAAGCAUGUGCCGCGACAAUGUGGAGUCACCUUAUUAUUACUACAGCGGUCGCGGCGUCUACGAUAUCCGUCACCCAUUCAGUGACGUGACUCCACCAGAAUAUUUCGUGGAAUACCUAAACACCGCGAAGGUCCAGAAUGCUCUCGGUGUUAACCUGAAUUACACAGAGAGCAACAACGAUAUCUAUUAUGCUUUCCAGUCUACGGGCGACUUCAUCUACGGUAACUUCUUGAGUGACCUGGAGGAUAUCCUGGCUUCUGGUGUCAGGGUAUCCCUUUAUUACGGCGAUGCUGAUUAUAUAUGUAAUUGGUACGGAGGUGAGGCGAUAUCUCUGGCACUGAGCUACGCAAACGCCCAAGAGUUUGCAGCAGCCGGCUAUCAGCCCCUUGUGUACGGCGGCGUGGAGUAUGGUGAAGUGCGUCAGUAUGGGAACUUCAGCUUUACGAGAGUCUAUGAGUCGGGUCAUGAGGUUCCUUACUACCAACCCGAGGGUUCCUUGGCCAUCUUCAACCGCUCCAUCAACCACUUCAACAUCGCGGACGGCACUGUCCCAGUAAUUGCGAACCUGACUAGUAUCGGACCUGCCAACGCGACGCACACCGAGAGCUUCAUCUCCCUACCACCAACUGCUUCGGCCUCCUUGGCUGCCUGGUCGUCCAGCAUUAUCGCUAGCUAUAGCUCCUUGGACAACGAGCCGCCAUCGCCCAGUGGCUGA